CGAGACUCGGGGAUUCGAGGCCUUGUUCGGGAAUGUCUGGCUAACCGAGGACGAGGUCUGUAGUGACAAAGAGGAGGAGAGCAGUCACAAACUAAACCAAAAAAAAAAUACACAUCACAAGUCGAAACCAUCGACAGCUCAGUCAUGAUGGAGGAACUGCACAGCUUGGAUCCUCGGAGGCAGGAGCUGCUCGAGGCUCGAUUCACUGGGGUCGGAGUCGCCAAGGGUUCUGGGCACAACGAGUCAUCCAAUCAUAGUCUGUGUAGUGUGGGCUCUCUGAGUGACAAAGAGCUCGAGACACCUGAGAAGAAGCCGAAUGACCAGAGAACACGUAAGAGGAAAGGAGACCCCUUUGACAGCCAAGCGAAAGCAGGAGGCCGAGGACACAAAAUCAGUGAUUAUUUUGAGUUUGCGGGGGGUAGUGGUACUGGCACUAGUCCGGCACGUGGCAUUCCUCCUGUGGUGCGCUCCUCCCCGCAGCACUCUCUCUCCAACCCUCCUGCUGCAGUGCAGCAAGGAAGUCCGUCCUCUAUCAAUUCCAAUACAGACCACUCCCACUCAUCGUGCGCCCUCAAACCAGCUUUCACGCACACGCAGCAGCACCGGGCAACACAGUCGGACAUGACUCUGGAGAAGCUGGCUGCGCUGGAGAGCAGUAAGAGUUCAGACCUCGAGAAAAAAGAGGGACGCAUCGAUGAUUUGCUCAGGGUGAAUUGUGACCUGCGCAGACAGAUCGAUGAGCAGCAGAGAAUGUUGGAGCGCUGUAAGGAACGCCUCAACAAAUGUGUGACUAUGAGCAAGAAGCUGCUCAUUGAGAAGUCGAAGCAGGAGAAGAUGGCGUGCAGGGACAAGAGCAUGCAGGACCGUCUCCGACUGGGCCAUUUCACUACAGUGCGACACGGUGCAUCCUUUACAGAGCAAUGGACCGAUGGAUAUGCCUUUCAGAAUUUAAUCAAGCAGCAGGAGCGGGUGAACUCACAGAGAGAGGACAUCGAAAGACAGAGGAAGCUCCUGGCGAAGAAGAAGCCACCCAACGCAGCCCAGACUCCGCCACCCAACCUAGAACCCAAUAAACGCAAGAACAAGAGCAAUGGAGCAGAGAACGAGAUGUUAUCACUAGCAGAAUAUCACGAGCAAGAAGAGAUUUUCAAAUUGAGACUUGGUCACUUAAAGAAGGAGGAAGCCGAGAUCCAAGUUGAAUUGGAGAGGCUGGAACGAGUGCGUAAUCUUCACAUCCGAGAGCUUAAGAGAAUACACAAUGAAGAUAACUCCCAGUUCAAAGAUCACCCCACGCUGAAUGACCGUUACCUGCUCCUGCACCUGCUGGGCCGAGGUGGCUUUAGUGAAGUUUACAAGGCAUUUGACUUGACAGAACAGCGGUACGUGGCUGUGAAAAUUCAUCAGCUCAAUAAGAACUGGAGAGAUGAGAAGAAGGAAAACUACCACAAACAUGCCUGCCGAGAGUAUCGCAUCCAUAAGGAACUGGAUCAUCCCAGAAUAGUCAAACUCUACGACUACUUCUCUCUGGACACCGACUCGUUCUGCACAGUACUAGAGUAUUGUGAAGGCAACGAUCUGGAUUUCUAUCUGAAACAACACAAGCUAAUGUCUGAGAAAGAGGGCCGGUCCAUCAUUAUGCAGGUUGUCAACGCCCUGAAAUACCUGAACGAGAUCCGCCCACCAAUUAUCCAUUAUGAUCUUAAACCAGGUAACAUCCUGCUGGUGAACGGCACAGCAUGCGGGGAGAUAAAAAUAACAGACUUUGGUUUGUCUAAGAUCAUGGACGACGACAACUACGGUGUAGAUGGCAUGGAGCUUACAUCGCAAGGAGCUGGGACUUACUGGUACCUGCCCCCAGAAUGCUUUGUGGUAGGGAAAGAGCCACCCAAGAUCUCUAAUAAAGUGGAUGUGUGGUCAGUUGGUGUGAUCUUCUACCAGUGCCUCUAUGGGAAAAAGCCGUUUGGUCAUAAUCAGUCGCAGCAAGAUAUCCUACAGGAGAACACUAUACUCAAAGCCACAGAGGUGCAGUUCCCUCCCAAACCUGGAGUUUCACCUGAGGCUAAGGCCUUCAUUCGUCGGUGUUUGGUGUACCGCAAGGAGGACCGUAUUGAUGUCCAUCAGCUGGCCAGCGACCCCUUCCUGCUCCCUCACAUCCGCAAAUCCGUUGCCACCACGGGCAACUCCAGCACGGCCGUCGCCUCCACCUCCAGCUCAUCCAAUAGCAGCGCCUCAAACUGAGAGCCCCGCCCAUCCAUACCUGUCUGAUCGGAGCAGAGAGAGCCGGGCUUUGUAUUUGCCGUACUCGGUUCUGCAGCGCCCAAAGUGGAAGUGGAGGAUCUGCCUCCAAGUAUACAGAGAAGGAAAGAGAGAGCAGAAGGAACGGGAAAAGAGGGAAGGAUGGAACACUGGAGCAAUGUUCAUCCCUCUGUACCCCUCUUCCUCUCCCCAUUACUGCAAAGCUUGUGUGGGGUGGGGAGGUUUUUUAAAAAAAAAAAAAAAAAAGAAGGCAUCCUUUAAUGUAAGAGAAAGAAAGAGAGAGAAUUCCUGAGCCCAUGUCAUGCUGAAAAUAAUAAUGGAUUGAACGGGGGACAGAACUGCAAGGGCUUGGACAGAUAAAACGGACUGAUGCGUACCCUUCACCCCACAACACAAACAUGCACACAUGCAGGCAUAUUCAUAAAAAGUAUCUUCAGUUUCUUUGAAGGCAAAUAGCUAAUGAUGUGGGAGAACCCCCUCACUCCUACUACGGUGUCUUCUGUGUAAGAUAUUGCAAAUGAGUUUCUUCUCCUUCCCAGUGCCCACUUCCUGCUGUACACCUUCCGUCUAGGGAAUUUUGCUAGUGAGCUUACAUCAGUAUCAGUAGCCCACAUUUCACUCAACCAUAUCAAAACCACCAUCGUUCAAACAAAAAGCAGUGCUAAAAUGAAAACAGGUUGGGUUUUUUUUGUUUGUUUGUUUUUGUUUUGUUUUGUUUUUGCUGUUUUGGAAUUUUAAUGAAGUCUUACAGCGCCUUUUGUGUUUUAAUUUUUUUUUUGGUUGGGCUUGGGGUGAGAGCUAGUGUUGGUCAAUUUCACUUUCUUCCACCCCCCCCCACCCCCCACCCCCUUCUUCUCUGUGACCAAAGCCAAGCUCUGCCAGCAGGUGGUGCUGUUUAACUUGAGAUUUUGUUUUCCAAUUAUAAUUUUUAAAUGGUUUUGAUGCAAAGACCUUUUUUUUUUUUUUUUUUUUUUUUUUUUUUUUUUUUUUUUUUUUUUAUUAAAGAAAAGCUAUUGGUGUGGAUGGUUUAGCAUUACUAACUUGAUGGCCCCAAGUAUGUUCUAUUUUCUGUUACAAUUAGAAAAAUUAACACUUUUUUUUAUCUAAGAUUUAAUGUUUUUAAUUUUUAUUUUAAAAUAUUUUUUUUCUUCCAUGAUUUUAACAGUUCUCACAUGCAGAUACAGAUGCAGAUACCCACACAUGCUCAUAUUUAUUUAGGCCUGUUUUAAAUAGCUGAUUCCUGGUCCUGAUUGUCUACUAUGAGGGGAUGAGGACUUUUUGGAGGGAGGGGGGAUAGUUAAUGACGGGUACAGGGCAGAAAUGGCAAUGAUCAUUAAAUACUGUUGGUUAAAAAUUUC